AUGAAGCUCCAACUCUCCGCCCUCCUCCCCUUCCUCGCUGCCAGCACCGCGCUGGCCAAGCACACCCCCGUCAUCCUCCCCAAGGAAAUGUGCACCGUGAUCGGUGCUAGGCGAUGUGUCCGACAAGGCGCGUUCGAAAACCGGCGCUGGGUGAUUCGCGACUGCGACUACAAGGGCGACGACCGCGUGUUUGAGAUUUGUCCGGGCGGGUGUAAGUGCUUCCUUCUUCCCUUUCCCUCCCUUCUUCCUGCUGUAAAUGUGUAUGGAGAUGGUGAUGAAGAGAUGGGAGCUUUUGCUGAUGUGUGUACAGGCGCCAUGGAGCCGUAUGGCUUCGUCAGGUGCGUCAGUCCUGAGACGCAGACGACGACAAAUUUCCAUCAUAACGGGAUCAACGAUGAAUGGGGCCAUGAUUAA